UCUGCUUUGACUAAGUAUCGAAUUAACGUCACUAUAUGAACUGCUCCUGAAAGCACUCCAUGGCUGACCUGUCGUCAGUCGAUAGUUCUUGAGUACUGACUAAACCAUGGAGGCAUGGUUGUCUCGCACAAAUGAAAUCAGUGCACUUUUGUUGGUUGCCGUUUAAAACCUGAUGCGCUGGCCCGCCGGCACGUUCAUGUACAUGUACACGCGGCCAUCUUUAAGGCCGUGCCGGAAAUGGGAGAAUUUUGUCACUUAGCUGCCUCACAGCAAACGAUUAUUCCCAGCGUGAAUUGGAAGCAACCUGAGUGUCAUCAUCACCUGACAACUGUGACUUGAGCACAGGCAUAAAUGACAUGGCUGCAUAGCUUCAUUUCAGCUGUUUGUGCAUAGUGAACAGCAAGCAAACAUGGCUGCCUACAGAACUGAUGGUAAUGCAAGAAUAUCACAGUUUUGUUCGGCACUCUCCGCCAUCAGCGAUGAGCUGACGAGUUCAGAGGUUGACUGCUUAAAAUUUCUGUGUGGCGGCCACUUGACUGGAACUGAGAAGGAAUCUGUGAAGAGUGCUCGUGAUCUGUUUACCUUGCUGGAGAAGCGUGAUGUAAUUUCAAAAGAUUGCUGGGACUUCAUCAUAGAACUGCUGGAUGGCAUCAAACGACUGGACCUUGUAAAGCGGUUCAAGAAAGCAAUGAUGCAGAUAAAUCCAGGUACCCAAGGACAAUUUCAACCAGUCCCUAGCUACAGCACACGCCCACAAGAAAUGCCGAGUUUGAAACCACCCAGUCAUUUUUCUCUCUUGGCUCCACCACCUGGUCCCACCAGUGUACUUCCUGAGUCAUCCAGUCUUCCGAGUGGCCACCCUGCCCGGGCAUCUUCAUCAUCUGGCAACACUGUUACCCAACCACAGUCUAAUCUGGUGCCCAUUGACAACACGUGUCAGCCAGGAUUUCAGAGUUUGACAUUAAUGGAUUCUCUUGCCCACACACCUCCACCGCCCACAACAAGCCCCUCCCAGGGAUCAAUCUCUUCUGGGAACGACCAGUCAGGGCACAGUGCACUUUCAGCAUCAUCUAGUCUUCAGUGCGACCCCCCUAUUGGAAAGGCUUCGUUAUCUGGUGACCCUGAUGCUGAGCUAAGUUUUAGCAAGGGCGCACAGACUAAAUACCGGAUGGAUCGCAACCCAAGGGGACUGUGUGUGAUCAUCAACAACAUGAAGUUUGAAAACCCAGAGGAAGUCCGCGAAGGCAGUGAGGUCGACGCAGCUGACCUGCGCCAUCUCUUUGAGAAGCUACAUUUUAAGGUGGAAUUCCAUGAGAAUCUGGAAGCCAUCGAAAUGCAAGAUGAAUUGAAAAGGGUCAGUCAGCUUGACCAUGGGGCCUAUGAUUGCUUUGUGUGCUGCAUCCUGACCCAUGGGGAGAUGGGCAAAGUCUACGGUGUUGAUUGGGAGAGUGCCCCAAUGCACAAGAUAACGAAGCAUUUCAAAGCUGCUAAAUGUAAGAGUCUCGCCGGCAAGCCAAAAAUGUUCUUCAUACAGGCUUGUCGGGGUACUAAGAAACAGGAAGGAGUAUCAGAAUUUCAAGCUGAUGCACCGCCGCAGCCGCCAUAUGGAAUGGGUGCUGACGUCGGUACUUUGCCCAACGAGGCAGACUUCCUACUGAGUUUCUCCACUCCUCCGGGGUACGAGUCAUAUCGAAAGGAGGACUUUGGCUCUUUGUACAUCAAUGCAUUAGUUGAUCUAAUAACCAAACACCACAACUCUUUAGAUUUGGGGAGAAUCUUGACCAGGGUUCGCAAGCGUUUGAGCGAAUAUACUGUGAAAACAAAAACUGGCAAAUGGAAGCAGAUAUCAGCUUCAUACGUCACAUUGCGGUUUGAUCUUUAUUUGCCUAGUUUGGAGUGAAAAAAAAGGAAAUAUUUGAAUAUUUGUAUAAAUGUGAUCUUGGUUAAGAUAAAUUUGUGGCCUCGCAUUACAUUAAAUUGAGUUUGGAAAUCAGUUUUGUGAAUUUGUAAAUACAGUAGAUUCCCAUUAUAGCACUCCCGGAUAUACAUGUAAUGCUCUUACCGAUAUAAAGCUUUAAUUUCAUUUCCCCAACUGCACACAUGUUCGCUUUGUACUGUUCUCCGUGGUUAUAGUGCUCCCAUUUAUAACACUUUUCGGAAUAUAACGCUCAGGAUUUUCAGUCCUGAGUUAACCAUAUAAAGCAUGUGAAAUGAUUCUGGUUACAGCGUCUUUACCUUGCAAAGCCAGAUUCUUUGAAAAUCCACACAUAUUAAACUACAUGGCAAGGCUGCCGUGAUUGGCCAUCCUCUGGGACACCAUUACAAAUGUAUUUAAUGAAAACUGACACAUUUAUGUUCUAGGAAAGGGAACAAUAAAGUUUGAAUUCAUACCUAACACUGGUGUGGGAAACAGAGAGGAAAGUGGUUUUCUUGCCUUUAAGCUGUGGUGACAGUGAACUCAUAAUUUCUAUUUUUAAAGUAGACAUGGUACACCAUGUCAGUUGGGUGAGUGUUUUCUGCAUGGAGACCAGGUAUUUAAAAAGUAGGAGGCCAGAAAAUCACAAGACUUUUUCCUAAGAUCAGUAAAAUUGAGCGAUGUUUGACACUACAGAUCAUGCCACAAAUUGUAGAAAUUAGGUACAAGUUUUAAUUCUUAAACGUCUUGAAACUGCUUGGCAUCUUUUUCCGGUUAAUCAUAUUGAAUGGUGCACUUGUUUAACAUAUCCCAAAGUUUCCAAUGUGUUUUUCCAAUAACAAAGGUUCAAUUGCAGUGAUGCGUCCAGGGUUUUAAUCCUAGGGAGGGCAAAACGUCUUUUAUUUUUCUCAAAACAACUGUGCAGUAGUCAGACUACACUUUCUUCAAGUUGUUUAUAUUUUAAUCUGGUAGGAUAUGGCGGUUUCAAAGAGACUCAGUCCAAUGGUGUAAUAGAAUGACAGACUUUUACGCAUCUAUAUUAUAUAGGGAUAUGUCAUGAUAAUGAAAACUGCCGGCGGACAAGCAGAAUUUAGUUUACAAGAGAAUCGUCAUUUACUGUUGAUUUGUGGAUACAAGACUCUAAACCAAUGGCAUUCUGAGAAGUUUGAGGGAAUAAUUUCCCUGCCUGAAAAAAACAUGUAAAAUUUAAAAAAAAGUAGCAAUUUAUAAACAAAUGCGUAGGCUCUUACAUUGUAAAUAUACAUACAUGUACACAGACUACAGGCCUACUAUAUUGGAAUAUUAUUUGGUCUACACAUUAUGAUGCAACAACAGAUAAGACAUACUUGAGAUCACCAUUUAUGUGCUAACAAUUCAAAGCAUGUGUGUACCCAGGUUUCCUGCUAGACUGCACUAGUUUUCAUUGUUCUUGUAAAAAUUUGUGCAUUUCUGUGUGACCAUUUCAGCUGUGGUCAUUACCAUUUUAAAAUGUUUUAAUACUUGUACUCAAAGUGGUUUUUUGGUACUCUUUCUUGUGAAAAUGUGCUCACAUAAAAACUCCCAUAAAAAUGUUCCUGUACUCAAACUCUUGUUCGCUGUCAGUACUCAUAUUCAUGCUUGUACUCCUGACAAGGUGUGAUUUAUACUCUCUAAAAUGUACUUUUGUGUCCUGUGAAAUAUUUGCAGUUUUAUAAAGACUUUUAAAAGAGUCAAUUUCGCAUCCUGUCAAAGUUCUUUUAGUCCUUAAAUCCUUUGAGGUUUUUGCAUUUUUAUCCAGUACUUUUUCAUGAAUAAAUCAUAUUUUGUCCUGUUUUGAAGUCAAA